AUGGCGGCGCCCUCCAGAGCGCAGGUGAUUUCUCUGUACAGGAUGCUCUUAAAAGAAAGUUACAACUUUCCCUCCUACAAUUAUAGGACCUACGCGGUACGUCGAGUGCGAGACGCUUUCAGGCUUAACAAGAAUGUGGAUGACCCAAAAAAGGUGGAGAGGCUGGUGCUGGAGGGCCGUCAGUCGCUGGCGCUGAUCCAGAGACAGGUGGCUGUCGGCGGCAUGUUCCAGGCGCCCAAGACGGUGGUGGAGUAG